AUGGAAGGAGAUAGUUGGACUCGAUUCCAAUAUGACUUGACUCGAGACCUCGUCUUAUCGUCGACCAACGAUUUCUUAAGUAACGUACAAACCCUUCACAAUAGGCUUUUCGAUAAUUUGGAAAUAGAUUGGCCCGAUGAAGAAAGAUCCAAGGAAGAGUACGACAAGGUUGAAAGAGGAUUGAAAUGGGUGAUAGAUCAUGGUCUAUCUACAGAUAACGACAAGAUUGAUUUGAGGAGGUUAUUGUCUCAGUGUGAAGAUGAGUGGACAAAAUUAGACGAAAUGCGAUCAAAACACUGGACAAUCAUGGAUCUAUAUGAACGUUUGAGCAAAGCCAAUGACUUGACUCAGCAAACGUUCUCUACCCAAUUGAAAAUGAUGUAUCCGAAUGCAUACCCUUCUCCAAGGUAUGGUGAAUCAUCCUUCCAGAGUCAAUAUGAAAUCACGCUCGAAGAUAUGUUUCGGGCGCAGAGUGCUGUACUGAGCCGAAGACACGACUACAGGAAUAUUAUACCCCAGCUCACGGAGGAACAUGAGAUGGUCACCUCGUACAGGGAAUGGGAAGAUAUGAAGACGGAAGUGAAAAGAAGGGGAUUGGUCGAUAGAUUGCCUGAAGAGUAUAUGAGACCUAUAGUAAAUCACUUCACUACUGAGUAG